CUUCUCCAUAGGAUCUGGACUGGGCUGCAGGAGCAGCUCUGUAUGCACAACGCAGACACUCCCAAUAGGAAUUCUUAUCUAGAGUAAAGGAAUGCAGGCUUGUUGUAACCCAUCUGUCUCCUCCCUGCCUCCACCUCACAGCUCACUUCACAGUGUCUCCACCUUUCUCUGCGGCUUCCAAGUGACAGGAAACAGGUCUCAGUUGUAAACUGGGUGUCAUGGAGCCAGCAAAGAAUAUAGUGAAGAUUGCGAUCCAAAUGAUGGGCGCCUACCCUCAACUUAUCGAGCUUAACCAGAGUAAACCUCUCUCAGCAGUCUUAAAGGACGUGUGUGACGCGUGGAAUAUCAGUAAUUCUGAACAGUAUGCUCUGCAAUAUGUGGAUGGACGUCAAGCCUACAUCACUGAACUGAACAGAAUGGAAAUAAAGAAUGGCAGCAUCCUAAAACUGACCACUUCUCCGGACAAGGAGGCAAGCAGCUUGUGCCAGGGAGUACAGAGCCAUAACAAUGAUGUCAGAUCCGAGUCCCUGAAAAAGCUGGCUGCUCUCUCCACUGAUGUCACAUUUGCUCAGGAAUUCAUUAGUCGAGAUGGCCUUCGUAUUUUGUCCCGGACAGUUGAAGAAGAAGAAGAGCGUGGAGAGGUGAUGUGCCACACGCUGAGGGCCAUCUCCGAACUGAUGGAACAUGGCGUUGUGUCCUGGGAGACGUUCAGUACCAAGUUCAUACAAAAGGUUGUGACAUUUGUUAACGUAAAUCUGAUGCUGCUGGAGAUCACUCAACUAGCCCUAAUCAUCCUGGAAAAUGUAGUUCAGAGUAACACAAAGCUGGGAGACAUGGUUAGGCAAGAAAUCCCUCUGGAUAGGUUGCUUACUCUUCUACAGCUUCCAGAUCAGGAGACACAGAUUAAAGUGAUGGCGCUCCUUGUGGCCUUGCUACAGAAGGUUGGAGAAAGAGAAAGAGUGGAAAUGUUGGAUUAUCUUUGGAAAAAAAACAUGAGGCAGUUUAUCCACAAGAACAUUAUUCACGGCUGGCCAAAACUUGGGGAUGAAAUGCGUCACUACCUGUAUGUACUACAGUGUCUCAGUCUGGGCCUAUUGGAAAGUCGGAUGAGGAUACCGAUGGAUCCCAGUGAUACAGAGCAGCGACAGCAUCUCCAGAAUCUACGUCUUAUAGCUUUUCCAAAUGAAGUUGAAGAUGGCGGUCAUAUGACAUCAGAUCGGCGUCGCUCACUCUGUGCCAAAGAAUUCCGCAAACUGGGCUUUACAAAUAAUGGCAGCCCAUGGCAGGACCUGUGUCUCACUCCUCCUGGACUUUUGGCUCUUGACAAUAUGGUGUAUUUCUCAACACGUUGGCCUACUGCCUAUAGUCGGUUUGUGCUUGAAAAUAGCAGCCGGGAAGAUAAACACGUCUGCCCAUUUGCCAGAGGCAGCAUUCACCUAACAUUGAUCAUCUGUGAGAUCCUAAGUGUAGGAGAAACUGCCUCGGAGACUGGUCAGGAUUUUCUGACGCUAUUCUAUGCACAAGACCACUUUCUCCAGGAACUGUUCUGUGUAUGCAUUCAGGUGCUUAACAAGACCUGGAAGGAGAUGAGAGCCACGCAGGAGGACUUUGACAAGGUGAUGCAUGUGGUAAAGGAGCAGAUUUCUCGUACCCUUGGUCAUGCUCCAACGUCUUUGGACUCUUUUCGAACAAAAAUAUCAUCUCUUAAUUAUAGUGAGAUUCUCCGCAGACGUCAGGAAGAGAGACUGAUCCUGGAUGAAGCCCUCUCGCCACCUGUCAUGGAACUAAGAAAGCAACUACAGCCAGAGCUCCUUAACCUGAUCAAACAACAGAGGCUUCACUACCUGUGUGAGGGCACUAAGUUCAGGAAGAUCAGCAGUCGCCGGAGACAGGAUAAAUUGUGGUUUUGUCGUCUCUCUCCAAACCACAAAGUCCUGCACUAUGGAGAUCUGGAAGACAACAUAGAUAAUCCAGCAAUUGAAAUGCUUGCACAAAAAAUUUCAGUUGCUGAUAUAAAAUAUGUGUUAACUGGAAAGGAUUGUCCACACAUGAAAGAAAAAAGCUCUGGGAAGCAGAAUAAGGACCUCAUGGACCAAGCAUUUUCAAUCUGCUAUGAUGUGGACAGCUGCUUAAAUUUCAUUGCGCCCACUUCAACGGAUUUUUGCUUGUGGCUUGAUGGACUAAACACACUGUUGGGUCGAGAAAUGCCCAGUGAGCGGACGCGCACUGACCUGGAUCUCCUGCUAAACACAGAACUCAAGCUGCGGUUAUUAGAUCUGGAGAACAUUCCAAUCCCAGACCAACCUCCACCUAUCCCCCCACGUCCAAAUAACUAUGACUAUUGCUACCAAUUCACCUCCACUGAGGCCUAAAGUGUUAAUCUGGGACACAGUGACUGGGUGCCGUACAUGCCACCACUUUGUAGCGUCUGUCUAUGUUGCAGAUAUUUACUGUGCAAUAAUAUAUGGGGGUACAGUAUGUAAUAUAUAUUGGGGAUGGUCACAUGAUGUAUGAAAUACAAAACUUAUGAACAUUAAAACCAGUGACAGGUGAAGUAAAAAACAUCAUCUUGUGACUCUUUUCAUAGAAUUGAUUCUACCAAUGAACAAAUCACUAGUCAGACUACACAUGGAAUACUGUGUAUAGUACUGGGCACCAGUAAACAAGAAAGAUAUAGUGGAGCGGGAGAGGGUUCCAAGACGGGCAACCAGGGUAAUACGGGGAAUGGGAGGACUACAGUAGGGGGCAUCCUCUACAUCUAGAGGAAAGAAGGUUUAUACACCAACACAGAUGGGGGUUCUUUACUGUAAAAGCAGUGAGACUAUGGAACUCUUUGCCAGAGGAAGUUGUCAUGGUGAACUUAAAAGAGGCCUGGACAUGUUUCUGGAGAGAAUUCACAUUACAGGUUAUGGAUACUAGAUUAAUAGGGACAGAUCAAUGAUCCAGGGAUUUAUUCUGAUAUUUGAAUAUUUGAAGUUGGGAGGGAUUUUUUUCCCCUAGCAUGGGGCUAUAGGCAUCAGCCUCAUAAGGAUUUUUUUUCAGCACAGUAGGAAUAUAGGUUAAACUUAAUCAUCAAGUUCAACCUU